AUGGCGAUGACUAUGAUGGCCUCUUCUUCACAGUCUCUACCCCCAGCUGAAUUGCCUGUCAUUGCUGGCAAGCCAAUGGCUCGGCAUGGACCUUGUGGAUUCUUCAAGUGGUUUCCCGAACUUCUCCGCUUUCCGGAUAUCAUGUCAUGGUUGCCAGCUACAAGUCCCCACCUUUCUGGAGUAUCUCCACCUUCUGCUGUGCCUCCCAGUAUGCAGGCAUCCUCCCUUGGCCCAGGAUUUUCCGUGCUGCCAGUGUCUCAAGGGAAGAGAACCCACAAAUGCGGUCCUGAUUGUACCCGAGAUGAUUGUCGAUGUCCUAGCGCUCUCCGGUGUCCAGACUUGAAAUGUGCUACGCAUUGUGUUGAGGAUGGGGGGUGUCUGGUCCACCAGGCACCCACACUGGACCAAGACUCAUGCCGUCGUGAAGAGCUUGACCUGCCGUCACAGAUUGAUGCUGAAGGCUUUGGGUAUUAUGAACUUCACAAGGCCCUGUCGGCCUCUCUCGAGGGCCUGGAAGCACCAACACCCCUUCCAGCGCGUGUCCCAUCCAUACACGACAUUCUGACAGCUCCCCCACCCCUUACAAGUGGUUCCGUGCAACCACUCCGGCCGCAUCAUACUAUUCUGCCAAUGGCAACUCCAGUUGCAAAGAUGUCCAAGCCUCCACGUAUAACUAAGCAGCUUGACCCAAUGUGGGAGAAAGAUCUUUGCCAGUACGCACAGGAUGACAUAGAGAGCAAGCGUAUAGCUGAGCGACGGAAGGAAAUAGAACGAAAAUCUAAGCAGUGGUUCGUAUUGAACUGGUUUGAUGCAGACCAUGCUCCCGUCAAACGGCAAUGGGUUUCGGACUGCAAAUACUUUCUGUUCUAUCAGCUGGUGGAUGACGUAGAACUAGUCGCUUCUCUUGGCGACAACAUUACAAAGAUUGAGGUCUUUGAGGACCAUCUGAAGCAGUGGAUACCUGCAUCCCUUUCACACCCAUUUGUCCUGGAAUCGGAGUGUCAUGUCUUUAUCCGUCGCUUGGGUGUUACUGAGUGCCUUGACUUCGACGACCUUCACACCUUAUCAAAGGAAUCUAUGCAUCCUGCACAUCUUUGCCUCAAUAUUAAGCGAGAACGUGAUGGUGUUCGCUUGAAGCUCAAGGUGAAACGAGCACAAACACCCUCUGAACCAGAGGCUCAAUCAGACGAUGUAGAGAUCAUUGAAGAUAGUACACAAGCUACGCCGAAGCCUUCAGUCAAUGCUCUAGGCAAGCGCCGCUACCAGGGUACCCCCGAGAGCAGCCCAAUGACGAUCCUCCUACCUCCCUCCACUCGACCACGUCUGGAACUCGAUUUCGAUGCCCUCCGUGCAACCUCGUUGUCUCCAAUGCCUCCACUGACACCAUCACCAGUGGACUUAGAAUUUUCAUCAGACUCGUUGCUUUCAGCCUAUUCUCAAUCCUCGAUGUCUUCUGUUGACUCUGUCAUUUCCAUGCCACGGCCAUCCGUCAUACCUGUCCAUGUUCCGACAUACAAAAUCAAGCAAGUCUGGCCGCAUGGCAUGUAUACCUGUGAUAUGCUUGUUGGCUUUCAUCAAAUGGAUUCACCAGUCCUCCGCAAACACUACCCACAAGAUGUGCUCUUUAACCUCGUGUUUGGUGUUCCAUUCGUCCGCGCAACCUACCAUCAAAACUGCUCGGCCUGGGCUAACAGCCAGCCUCUUGCGCCUCUUGCAGCCAUCCUUCGUGGUCAUGAAUGUGCUGGACGCACCUUGGAAGGCCUCUGGACGUGCUAUUUGGCUUCGCGCCGCCAUGUGUUGGGUGAAAAGAGCAAGAAGAAUCUGGGUGUGCUGGGCGAUACCUAUGUGGUGUAUAACCCCUUUACCUCUUUUGUCUUUGUCUUUGUUGUUGUUGUUGUUGUUGUUCACUCGAGUAGAUUUGUAUUCAUGUAA